CCUCGUUAAACAAUUUUUUUGAUGGUGACUGCAACAAGUGGCAAAUUGAAUUGAAAAGUGUUUUGAAUUCGAGUGAAGAUGCUGUGGCCAAGUGCAUGAGGAUUAUGAUGCAGUUGCUCUUAGUGUUGUGCAUGCUGUUGGCGUUGGGGCAACCACAGCAGCUGCUACGUCGCAACAUCAUCAAGGUGCGCGCCAGCGGCUUUCUGCCCUUCGAAUCGGAUCUGCUGCUGCCGCUGGGCAUACUCCGUCAACUGCAGGCUCAGGAUCGCGCCUCUCGCUUGCUUCCAUCGCCUCAACAACAGCUCUAUCGCAAGUCCAAGCCAAAGCAGAAGCCAUCCAAGCCGAAGGUGAAGCAACAGGUGCGCUUGGAGCGAGCCAAGGCGAAUGCAGGGGGGGCGGGUGCGGGUGUCCAGAUGUACAAUCUGAUCGAUGACGAUGGCGAGCUGCUGCUCAAUCUGCGUGUGCACAACGAGAUGAGUCACAUUGAUCAGCAUCUGGAUGCGGCGCCGCAGAGCAGCAAUCAUCGAUUGCAGGAGGCGGAAUUGGCCACGCCUUGGCGUCCCUCAAAAUGGCGACCGACAGCACGGCCGCCGUUGACGCUGACGUCGUCGUCGCCGCGGCCGCUGCCCCUGCAUCAGUAUCUCAGCAGCAACAGCCUGGAGCAGUCGCAACAACAAUCGUUAUCGUUAUCGCAGCUGCAGUCGGCGACGACGCCGACGACGACGCAGCAGCAGCAGCAGCGACGCGUGUUUGGCGGCAGACAAGAUUGGCGCAGCUAUCAGUGAAGCUCAGUUUUAAUUUACGUUAUUUUAAUUUAUUUUUUUUUAUACAUUUACAUUUUAACUGUCAACUCACACACUCACACACAACACAGGCACUUAGCAUACACACACACACACACACAAACAAAUGAAUCAAAU